GUAAACAGUUGAGCAAUUUACGAAUUCUGUCAUCGAACAACUGUCACUGUGACUGUCAUCCCCACGGUCACACUGGUCACUAGACUGUCACAUUAUUGUCAUUUUACGUCAUUCACGUUUCACAGAACGUGGAUUCAGAGAGAGUAAUCUGGUUUUUGGUUAACAUUACUAUUGACUGCUCCCAAACUUGCGUAGCAAAACAACGAACGACAACGGUGACAGCGUGAGUAAGAGCGAGUAAUGCAUCAGUAGUGGGCUGGUGGGUGUUGUGCGUUUGCAUAGUGAAAUAGUAGUUGAUCAAAAGACUUUAACAGGAGACGUGGAUUCUUCAAAACAUUGAAAUGGAAACACCACAAGAACAAGUUGUGAUGACCCCAAAAUGCAAAACUGCCAAUUCUACAACAUUAAUUAUCGAAAGACGGGCUGUGAACAAAACCAAUGAUAAGAUGCAUGUGGCUGGUGGAGAACACACGGGAAUCAUAAUAAAUAAAGAAACGGCAAAUGAAAACGGUGAAUCGUCUCCUGCACAACUAACUCUAGAGUUUCGAGUAUUCCUUGUUAGCGCACAAACAGGUAAACAUACACCAGAAUCUCGUACUUUGCGAUUUUGGUUCCGGGAUCACCCAGAAGUGAAGGAUAUGGAACCAGCAACCAUUGCGCAGGAUUUCUUUAAGGAGUUGGUUAGCCCUCAGGAGUUUCCAAGAGAUUAUGUGGGCUUUAUUAAAAAAAUAAUGAAGCUAAUGCAACACAGUUACAAAAGUAUAAGUAAAUUAGAAGUUCAGUUGACGCAACUACAAGAAUCUGCAGUUCCCGAAAGGCCGCCUCGACCUGGGUAUCUCCAUUUCGAGCUAACAUCUAAGUGUUCAGUAUCAGCAGAUGAAAAUUCUCUGGGCAAUGUGGUUUUACUAACAAGAGACAAAGUUAUUGAAAUUAUUGAGUCAUCAUAUCCAAAUCCUGUAACAAUUCAAGACAUAGCAAAGGAACAUGGAUGGGAUGAGGAAGAAGUUGCUCAGUAUAUGGCUGAGCUGCAAUCAAGUAAUGUUGUUAAAGCAAUGGACCAUGGAGCUUACACAAGACAGCAAUCUCAAGACACUCAAGUAAUAAUCGUUAAGCAAAUGCCAACAAUGGUUAGCUCUAAACAACCAACAAUAGCCAUUAUUACAGCUCAGUACUGUGAGAAGUUAGCUGUAGACGCAAUGAUUGAAAACAAGGAGACUUUCGUUAGAUACACAACAGUGGGUCCCAACAGCCCUACAAGCGAUAAGUCAAGGACCAGAUUCGGAGAAUCCAACGUGUACACAUUGGGCAAUAUCGGAGCGCAUCGUAUUGUAUGUACUAAACUACCAUCUGUUGGUCAUACCAGAGAAGCAAUGACUGCAGCUGGAAAUACAACAACGCGACUAUUAGGAACUUUCCAGAAAGUCGAUUAUGUGUUUUUGGUGGGUGUGGGAGGCGGAGUUCCACAUUAUACUGAUUAUAAUAAGCAUGUUAGAUUGGGCGAUGUAGUGAUUUCACAUCCUGUCAGUAACAAAGAUGUAUACGUUUAUUGCGAAACUACUAAAGCCAGCGACAAAGGGUAUGAUUUUGAAGUGAAACAUUACAGACCUAAUAAUUUCAUUCUACAAGAAAUAGCGGCACAUUUGAGGUCGUCCGCUAGUGGUGAUAAUGGAACUGUGUCACCUUGGGGCAAAUAUCUCAAAGAUGGUUUAAAUGUUCUUAAUUCUCAGAUUGAAACUGACUUCACGCCCCCGAGUGUCGAAACUGAUAAAUUAUACAUGACCAUAGGCGAAAGAGACCUUAUAGAGGUAGCUCAUCCAGUUCCACAAGAUAAAACGACUAAAAGGCAGGAAGGUUGCCCCAGGAUUCAUCUGUCAACAAUAGCUUCCGGCAGACAAGUGGUUAGAGACGACAGAUUGAGACAGCAGUUUGCAGCUGAAGUCGGUGCUUUGGCAUUUGACUGUGAGUUUGAUGCAGUUAUUGAAUCAGUCCUUGGUAAUUGCAAGGACAGUUUCGUUAUAAUUCGCGGAAUUUCCGAUUACAAAGAUGGAACUAGACGUAAGGAAUGGCAGCCUUACGCGUCCCUAGCAGCUGCUAGUGUUAUGAAAUCAAUUAUCUGUGGUUUAGAGCCACCAACUAAUGUUUAAUUUAAGUUCUAAUUUAUGUAAAUUGCCUAAUCUACGAUUUGAGUUAUUUGGUUUUUUGUAAUUUCGUGCUAUUUUCCAAAUCAAUUUAUUGUGUGUGAUUUCGAGAUCUGAAAAAAUGUUAAUUCUCUUCUUUUUUUUUUCUUAAUCAAGUCUGAUUCAUGUUCCAGACACUUCGAAUUACUUCCUCAUUUAAAUAUUUAGGCUAUAUUCCAAGCGAAUAGUUAACUUUACAUAGUCUAUGAAUGAAGUUACCAUUUUAGAGUACUCUAAGAUUAUUGUUGCGCCUAUUAUGGGUAGGUUAACGAACUAAAGAGACUGUUUAGGGUUUCGUCACAAAAUAGUAGAUAAUUAUCAUAGUUCACGACUGCCAAUGUAGUAACAAAUACAAAGACUAAACUAAAAUCAAAUACUUAUUAGAUUUAUUCGAAAUGUGAUCAGUAGAUAUUAAUUAGAUCAACGAUUUUAGUGAACAUUAAAUUCCAUGUAAAAUCUUUUAAUCAAAAUAACGAAUUGGCGCGUUUUUCUCGUUCUCCAAAUUAUAAUGCUCAUUUCGUGACACUUCCAAAGAACGCGCUUUUAUUAAAAUAUACAACUUGCAUUUACUAUUUUUAGAUGUAGUAUGUUACACUGACAAUCGUCUGAGAGUGUAGAACUACAUCAGAAGUUUGUCUUGUGAAGCAAAUCGUUUCGGAUUUUUUUUCGUCCAAAAGGCUCAAAUAAAAAAAAUCGUGGACCCUUCAAACUUUAACGGCUGAAGUGCCGUUUUUAUUACGCCGAAUAAAAAAAAUCAAAAUCUCGUACAUUUUCAAACGAUUAUCAGUGAAAGUGACACUCCAAAAAAGUGACAACUGAACUGUCAUUUAGUAUUCAUAUUAUGUUGUACUCUGUAUUUAUUUAUAUCAAACUUAUUUUAUUCCAUAUGGUUUUGUACAAUGUUAUUUAUAACACAUUUUAUUAGAUAAUAGGUUUUAUUUAUACUUGCCAUAUUUUAGUCAUCAAAUCUGGACUAUUAAUUUAUUAAUAUUAUUGUUUUUAUUUAUGAGUUUAUUAAAUUAUUUUGUACAUUGCAUAUCUGGAAUAAUAAAAAAUAUACAAUAUUA